UCUUCAAGCAAUGACACUGAAAGAAAUGCGAACAGCGUUAGUAGCCUGGAGAGCGCAGGUGGACCAGACAACUUGGGGCAUAUUAUUGCUGAUCUCCAUCUGAAUACCCCUCAGGACUUGCCUGAAAAUCAUGCAGCGUGUCAAGGUCCAUAUUGGCACAUCAACAAGAUUUUGAAGGAGGCUCACUUCUACAGCCUCCAGCAACGUGGACAAGCCACCAACAAAAUGUAGUAGGAGCUCUUCGUUCCAACCUCAACCUAGUUCAUAAAAGCAUCUGCACGUACAAAGGCA